AUGCAAUCCCUCCAGACGGUGCUCGAGUCUGGGUCGGUGUCUGCUAGGGUGGCGACGCUGGCGUUGGAGAUCACCCAGAUCAGGUGGAAGUCCAGGAAGGAGGUCAUGGCCUGGCUCACCUCGCUCGUCGCAGAUCCCCCAUAUGGAGCCUUUGGAUUGACUUGUCCCGACCACCAUGAUGGUGCAUCUAAGGAUACCUCCUCAACACUCUCUGCUGCCGGGGAAAAUAAAGAAGGGUUCACAUGGAUAUGCAAAUUGCCCAAUCUUGAUCAAUGUCGCAAGCACUACAAAUCCUUUUGCCGAGAGGGAAUGAGAAUUUCGGUUCAUGAUUUUGUGUUCAUCAAGAGUGGAGGGAGAGAGAACCAUGUUGCCUAUGUGGAAGACAUGUACGAAGAUGGCGGUGCCAAGAACAUGGUGCUGGUGCGAUGGUUUGAGGGACCCGACGGUGAGCACGGUGUUGCAUUGCCCCCAGAUCUUUAUUGCAGGGAGGUCUUCUUUGGAUACGGGCUGCAAGAUCUGAGGGUUGAAUUUGUGGAGGGGGUGGCCGCGGUCCUGAAUCCACAACACUUCGAGAUGUUCAAGAAAAUAAGUGGAGGGUGCAGUAGCUUGCAGCCCUAUGUAUGCCAUCGGUGGAUCGAUGGUGACACUUUCGGGCCCUUUGACAUCACGCAGCUACAAGGAUAUGAAAAUCAGGAGAUAGUAAAGGCAAUUGUUGCCGCACCCUCGUCGGCGGUGGUGCAGGGCAAGCCACCUGAUAACAAAGGCAAAGCUGCCACUACUGGUCUGGCCGCCGAGAACCAUGCUGGUUCUUCCAGUGCUGUUACCGGUGACAAAACCAUGCAUAAGCAGAAUCAGAAGCCCCUGCAUGCAGCACAACUCCUUCCAGUUCCAGCUCUGAUCAGUGACAAAACCAUGGAGAAGCAGAAGCCCCCUCCAUGCACUGUUACCAGUGACAACAAAACCAUGGAGAAGCAGAAGGAGAUGCCCCCUCCAUGCAGCGCAACUCCACACAGCGCCACCAAUGGCCAGACCAUCGAAUGCAGUGUCGUUCCCUGUAGCGUGGUGAACUGUCAGACCACCGCGCAUAAUCAGCCGCCCCCAAGUGGUACUGGUACUGGUACGUGUAAUGCAGCAGCCAAUGAUGCGUCGACCAUGGUGAACCCUGAGAAGAUAUUCCAGCCCGGCUGCCGUCUUGAAGCCCUGUGCCAAGAUAGCAGCGUCAGGGGUUGUUGGUUCAAAUGUGUGGUAGUCAGUAGGAGGGAGAAAGAUAACAAGGUCAGGGUGCGGUAUCAAGGCCUUCUAAAUUCCAAGGGCAGGGGACAACUCAAGGAAUGGCUCAAUGUUGCAAGAAUUGCGGAACCUGACCACUUGGGCAUACGCCUUACUAAAAGGCCCAUGCUUCGCCCACACCUCCCAAGACACUAUAGGAAGAUCGAGUCUCCGGUGGCUGUUGGGGUCAUUGUCGAUGCGCGGCUGAAUGGCGGAUGGUGGGAGGGGAUCGUGCUGCAGCAGGAGACUGCUGGCCACGUCCAAGUUUAUCUCCAAGGGGAGGGGAAACUUGUGAAGCUCCGAGUGGAGUGUCUGCGAAAGUCAUUUGAGUGGCAUGAGGAGCAAUGGAUGCCUCUAGAUGCAAGAAAGGAUGUUGCAGCCAAGAUAACCCUUGACCUGAAGAAGCAGCAGGGCGUCCAGCAAUCUGCAAUGAAGAAGGGUGGUGAGAGCUCUUCGAAACAGAAGGCUCAGAAGAUGGGUGAGCAGUCUAGCCAGACGGCGGUCGCUGCAGCCGCAGAGCUGGCCGCGCCAACCGCAGGACUGGUGCAGCCUCUGGAGGAAGGUGACGAUGAACCUGCAAACUCUGCUCCUCCACUGAAGAGGUUCCUGGCUCAGGGCUACUCUUUCGAGGAAAAAAGGCUGGAGGACCAGGCCAAAAAGAUCAAGGGUCUUGCUGAUGAAGCUGCAAAACCAGCCGCGGCGGAGGGAGAUUGCAUGUCCCACGGCGGCAGCUCAGCUGAUACUACAAACUUUGACGACCUGAAUGGCGCUGAACGCAAGGGCAAGGCUAGAAAAUCUUCUGGCGCAAAGAAAAUGGGGUCUUCGGAGGGCAGCAGCCAGGGAAGCACCAGUGGCUCUGCCUCCAGUGGAGGCGCUGCGCCGGUGAAUCCAGUGCCCAUGGAAGAGAUGUGCGUGACCAAUGGCGAGGCUCCUGUCGUCGCCGUGGACGAAACGGAGGUGAUCGACCUGACCAUGGAUGACUGA